GCUGGUCAGCGCUCGGGCCCUAAUAAUAAUAUAAUCUUUAUAUACAGUCUAUGGGGCUGACAUGCGGGACAACAGUGACACCUUGAGGUCAUUGUUAUUAUUACACAUGCGUAGUUUGUUUUAUAAGAAAUUCUAACUAAAAACGGCAGAUUAUAAACUCUAUACUCUACAUCUAUUAGUGCAUUUUAAUGCAGAUGUGGUACACUAACCCCAGUUUUCAAACCAGCCAAUGCAGCCGGUGAAAUAAUGUGGAAUACUGUGUUUCUCCUGUGUGACGACGCUGUAUUGGAGAUGAACUCAGCUAGCCAGAUGCUAACAGCGCGCAGCAGCUCAGCAAGCAGCGUUUAACAGCCACCCACUGCUGUUGUUUACAUUUUCUCACUGAAAGACGACUUUUGGGACUCGACCCACGCCCGGACAUCAUCUGCAGUAGCUAAGCUGCAUGUUUUCGCAGGAGAGAGCCGGACUAAAGUUAGAUAAGUUACAGGAGCGAGGAGCUAACACCGACAUUAGCUAACGAGCUUUACCAGAAAGUUCUGUAUUCAGUCGGGACAGUUGUGUUUUACUAUCAUUAGACUGUCAAGAAACGUGGGCAGAUUGGCACAGUGAAUACGAAACAUGUCGUUUCUGAGGCUGGCAGGGGUGACCAUCACCUCCAUCUGUCCUUAACAGACUUCAAAGUCAGUAACGUCGACUGACAUUAACCAGCUUCAAAGACGGCAGGGGAGAAGAGACUGGACUCAUCCGACUCAGCAUCCACCUCGAGGAUGGAGUUAGCAGCGGCUCACCCAGCUCUCAAAGCCUUUAUGUGUGGCUCUCUCAGCGGCACCUGCUCUACGCUUCUCUUCCAGCCUUUGGAUCUGGUCAAGACGCGGCUGCAGACACUGCAGAACAAUGCCAAGCCGGGAUCUCCAAAGGUUGGGAUGUUCAGUGUUUUAAUCAACGUUAUUAGGACAGAGAAUUUCUUCAGUCUGUGGAAGGGAGUUUCACCGUCGUUUGUGCGCUGCAUCCCCGGGGUGGGCAUCUACUUCAGCACCUUCUACUCGCUGAAGCAGCACUUUUUCCUCGACCGUGCACCCAACGCUGGCGAGGCCGUUCUGCUCGGAGCGGGUGCCAGAGCCGUGGCCGGGGUCUCCAUGCUGCCGUUCACUGUCAUCAAGACGCGAUUUGAGAGUGGCUAUUACAACUACGUGAGUGUGGCCGGGGCUCUGAGGAGCGUGUAUGAGACCGAGGGAAUCAGGGCUCUGUUCUCAGGGCUGACCGCCACGCUGCUCCGAGACGCUCCGUUCUCCGGCAUCUACGUCAUGUUCUACAGCCAGGCCAAGAGGGCCAUGCCUCAAGAGGUGACAUCAUCGGUCUACGUCCCGCUGGUGAACUUCAGCUGUGGGGUGGUGGCGGGUGUUCUGGCGUCGCUGGUAACGCAGCCUGCAGACGUGGUGAAGACCCACAUUCAAGUCAGUCCGUCCCACUGGAGGACAUCAGACGCCAUUCGCUACAUCUACGCGGAGCACGGACUGCGCGGGUUUUUUCGCGGGGCUGUACCCAGGUCUCUCCGACGCACUCUGAUGGCUGCUAUGGCUUGGACCGUUUACGAGCAGCUGAUGGCCCGAAUGGGCCUCAAAUCCUGAAGAACGACGGCGUGGAGCCGCAAGAAAACAAAGGCAGGAUGAAAUUGAAAGAGACAGUGAAAUAUUUUCUCAAUGCAAGAAGAGAAGGGAGGAGCUUAAUGAGACAAGAUUCUGAACAGAGGAACCAGGUGGUUGAAUGAGAGAAAGAAAAAGAGAGUAAGAAUGCAGUGUGUGUGUGUGUGUGCGUGCGUGUGUGUGCGUGUAUUUUUGUUGAUACAGUAUUUAAAUGUUUGUGAAAAUGUGCCUGUUUUGUAUCUGUAGGCGUGUAAGUUCAAGAUUGUGACGUAACACACCUGACACACUCUCAAGUCAGUCUUGGACUGAAGUGACGCUCCCCGCUGUGAGGUGAACUUGUUCCUUCUCUUACUUUUCACGUUCGGACGCCCUGAGGUACGGCUACCGCUCAAAAAUGCACCCGACUGAGGGCUUAUAAGUCUUCUGGGCGGCGUAGUCGCCUUUUGAGGUGUGGAAACAGACGGGACACUCAGCACGCCGCCGUACUGAAGACCUGCUGAUGUAACAGAAAACAAAGCACUGCAGAGAGAGCAGCUCCGGCUUCUGCCAUAUUUAUGAAACGUGCGUAAGAUUGAGCAAUGUUUCUUACUCGCCAACUGAUGUUCAUCACAAGCUGACAGGAAAUUUAAUUUGUUUUUAGGCUCAGACAAUCACAAGUACUCACACAGAUGCAUUAUGGGAAGAAAAUCUAGGAUAACUUCAAUUAAUCACAAGAAAGCCUUUGUUGCCGUACUGCUCAAAACGAUGCUAUGCUUUAACCUUUUUACACAACAGUGGUGCAUUUUUGACUCCAGAUGUGCUUUUUUUAAAGACAUAUUGAUAAUCUUAUCUGGGCUAAAAAAAUGAAUGAAUUAAUAACGUAGCCAUAAGAUAUCCAGACUCGUGACGACGUCUCAGUCAGAUCAGGAUUUUGUGAAGAGUUUUAUAAUUGAAAUGCUUUUUUUAGUUUUUUUUUUAGGACUUUAGCACAAAAACAGCAAUGCAAUUAGCAUUUUAUUUCCUGUGUGUAAGGAAGCACUUUUCUAAUUUGACUUUUCUUUUCUAGACAUUAAGUAAAUAUUUCUGUGACAGGGUGAAAUCUUAUUUUGUUUCAGUUAUCAGAGUUUAACGAGUAGCCCGUCGCAUAUUUCCAGAACAUUAAGCUUGCAAGUCAAGCAUCGUUUAAUCACUGUGCUACCACGUUCAUAAAAGUUAUACAGAAUCUAUAUCAGUCUGGAGAGAGAUGGAUCUUCCUCUUUCCUCAUCCUCCAGCCUCUUUCUGGCUCUGUAAAUAUUUGACUCACUGGUUGUAACAAAUGAAGACCAUAUUUUUAUGUUGCUUGUACAGCGUGCCAUUUUCCAUUAAUAUAAUUUAUUAUUGUUGAUAUAAAAGAGGUGAUAUAUUGAAAAGAGUGAUUAUAUUAUUUAUACAUUAUAAGUGUUUAUAGUAAAAAUGCCAAAUGGAAGGUCUCAUCAGUGAAGGAGAUUGAUGGACUUGUCUUUAUAAGUAAAUGGAAAAAGCAUUAUUGUGUAUCAGCAGUUUAAACAUGCUGAAGAAUUCUGGAAAUAUUGGUAACAGUUUGAUUUGUGAUAUAACAGGAUGCUUCUAGUGUUAUUUAACAAUUGGAUAUGUUGAAGCCUCUCGACAGAUUUCCUCUGGUACAAAGAGAGAAAUGAGGCGGUGGAGUUGAACAUGAGAAACGUGUUUUUGUUUGUUUGUUUGUUUGUUUGUUUUUGUUUUUAAAGGCCUUUGUUGAUUUCGAAAUGCCUCGGCGUUUGCUGUGUAACACAAACUGUGCAUCUAAACUGUGAACCCACAACGUGCCGUAACUCACACACAUGGACGUCUUACGUAGCAGAUCAUCUUCAUCAUCACACCACUCCUGUCUCAGUCUGUCCUGACUAUAUUGUAUAUGGUCAUUGUUAUUGUAGAUAUUUGGUCUGUGCAUGUUGUCGGCUCAGACGCUGUGCCUGUCGGUUUUUAACAUUAAUAAAUUUUGCUUUUUUUUUCAUGUAA